AUGGAGAAUAGUAUAUUAUAUAUGGGAUCUAACUUGGAAGAAGAAAUUGCGAAUUAUCUCAUCUAUCUGAAUAGGUUAUGUUACGUCAUCGAAGACACUUUUGAGCGAAUACCUGUAAAUGAAGAAGAACGUAAAUUGGAUAAAGAAGUCAAAAAUCAUAGAGGAGAUAGAUUUGAGAAGAUGCUUUUGGAGGUUAAGGCUAGUCUUGUGUUUUUAAAAAGAAAAAAGCAAGAAAGUCGA